AGCAGUCGCGAGCACCUGGGGACCAGAUGCCACGGCCCAUCAUCUGAGCUCUAGAUGUGUGCACGAGCGCGCAGGUGUCAGGAUCACCGUGUGACGGACGGGGAGGGAGUGACGUCAUCGAGGGGGCACCAACGAGUUUUGCCAAAGAAAAGCUUGUAGAUUCACAGUGGAAAAGGGGCGCUGGGAAACCAACACAUGCUGUGGGUCUCAAAUGAACGCUCUCUCGGCGGUUUCUCCCGGUGACGCUAUCGCGGGGAAUGCAUGAGAAGCGUGACACAUAGCUGCGUGAGGAGCAUGGAGGGUACAGGACAGCCUGGAGCCGGAGACGCCUCUCACAGGCAAUGCCCAAAUGCUCCUCUCUAAGCCAUGGCCUGGCAGAAUACAUCCCAGUUUCGAUAUGGCUUUGACCUGGGGGGACAUUACCAGGAUCUGCGUCCUCUUGGCGCGGGAGCGUCCGGCCUCGUCCUGUCUGCGGUGGACAGGCGCAGCGGUCUGUGUGUGGCGGUUAAGAAGCUGGUCAUGCGAGAUGCCGUCAGUGUAAAACACGCUCUGAGAGAGGUGAAGAUCACCCGCCACCUGCAGCAUGAGAACAUUGUCAGGGUGUAUGACGUGAUGGGCCCGUCCGGUCACCCUUUACCUCUCGACUUUACCCAUGUGUCAGCAAUAUACAUAGUGCAAGAGUGUAUGGAAACUGACCUGGCACGAUUACUGGAGCGAGGGCCGCUGCCAGCAGAACACGCCACCCUGCUCUUUUAUCAGCUGCUUCGUGGGCUCAAGUUCAUCCACUCUGCAAACGUACUGCACCGUGACCUCAAGCCAGCAAACAUCUUUAUCAACACAGAGCAAAUGCUGCUGAAGAUCGGAGACUUCGGCCUGGCUCGCAUUGUGGACCCACAUUACUCUCACAAGGGAUAUCUGUCAGAGGGAAUGGUCACUAAAUGGUACCGUUCACCGAGACUGCUGCUGUCUCCAAAUAACUACACUAAAGCAAUUGAUAUGUGGGCCGCAGGCUGCAUUCUGGCUGAGAUGCUCACAGGCCGCAUGCUGUUUGCAGGUGCUCAUGAACUGGAGCAGAUGCAGCUGAUUUUGGACACCGUGCCUGUUAUUAGAGAGGAGGACAGACAGGAACUUCUGAAGGUCAUGCCCUCAUUUGUAGGUCAAGGGUGGGAGGUCAAGAAGUCACUCAGAAAACUAUUGCCAGAGGUGGAGGACAAGGCCAUUGAUUUUCUGGAGUGCAUCCUCACCUUUAAUCCCAUGGACCGACUGACAGCAGAAGAGGCUUUGUCUCACCCACACCUGCAGAGAUACUCGUGUCCUCAGGACGAGCCUGUCUCCCUGCAGCCUUUCCGCAUAGAGGACGAGCUAGAGGACAGUCUGGUCACCGAGCACGGCCAUGCACUCAGCUCCCACUGGGACAGGUUUGAUGGGAGUUUGUCGUCAGAUGUUUAUUGGCCGCAGCAGGAGCAGUGUGGCUGCAUGCAGAGCGUCUCUGAACUGGGAGAGGCGGAAGAUGAAGAAGUUCAAAGAGAUCCACGAGCGAGUUCAACGGCCCACAUCGAGGAGGUUCAGGUAGACCCUCGCAAAUACUCCCACAGCAGCUCCGCAGAGCGCUUCCUGGAGCAGUCGCACUCGUCUCUGGAGCGCAUCUGCGGUCAGUUCACGGAGCUGGACUGUGGCCGCUCCUGCGAUUACAAAGUGGGCUCUCCGUCCUACCUGGACAAGAUUGCGUGGCGGGAAGGGAAGCCGCAGCACUACUCUGAACCCAAGCUAAUACUGGACCUGUCUCACUGGAGGCAUAACACCAUGUCUGCUCCGAGAGGGGGCAGCGUGGAGAAGCCUCUCGUCGAGCCUGGAGAUCUGUUCCAGGAGAUCUCGCGCUGGGUGGAGAGCACACAGUCUGGUCUCCACUCACCUGGUUCUCCUCAAGAACCACUCACCUCCCCGUGCUCCCCUCCUCAACCUCUAUCUCCCACAAUGCUGCCUCAUUCUCAAAUGCAAAUCGCGGGGGCUUUGCAACUGACCACCCCUCACGACAGCAGGAGGAGUCCUAACCCAUUCUUCUCCGCACCUCCUUCUCUGCUGCCCACUUCACCUUCCUCUCCUCAUCACAGUUCAUCCGAUUACCUGUCCUUCUCCAUUCGUUGCGAGAACGAUGCAGAGCCAUCGCAGAUAGAUCCUUCCAGAGAAGAACAUUUUGAUCUGGAUGUGUUUAUCUCUCAGGCUCUGAGGCUCUGUAGUCAGAGCGAGGUUUUGGUGGAGAACCCAGACGCUCCUGAAUCGGGAAGCAUUAGUCAUGUUCGUAACGUCGCAGAUCACAGACCCUCCAGAACUCUAACGCCGGAGAUAGUCAAGGCUCAUGGAUAUCAUAAAGAGCACUGGUAGAGGAUAUCUUUGACUUUUUAUUUAAUGAUACUGAAGAUGUUUGGCAAUAAUGAAUGUGAAUUUCAGUUUUUGAGAAUGUUGUUUUAUUAUCCGAAGCUAUGAUUCUGUAUUCCACCAGAAAUCUAAAGUAUUUACCCCUAGAAUGUGGAUUGCUUGACAGGAAAACAUCUGAGAUCUCAAGAUGGGAUUUGAUUGGAGCCUUGAGAGCACAUGGUGAUGGGGGGUUUUUGCAAGACAUCUGUGUGUUCUCAUUUGAUUUCCGGCAUUUCGGUUAAGUAUUCCAUAUUCAAUUUCAAAUCUCUUAAUCUUUUUGGUGAAUACAUUUAAAGCUAAAUUAUAAACUGUGCAAGUCUCUUAUAAAAAUGUGCAAGUAUUUUUUUUCCUCCCAACAAGUAUCUCUGCAGGAGCUCUUGAAAAAUGAAACAAAUGUUUUA